GGUGCCAAGAGCCACCGCGGUGCUCGCCGGGGCGGGCUGACGUCCUGCCCCGCAGCCACCUUUGGAGCAGCAGCAGCUUGGGAAACACAGUGGAGUGAGAGGACAUUGGAGGUGACCCCAAGAUGAAUCUCCUCGCUCAGAUGAGCUCCCUCCUUCAGACCCUUCAAGCUCCGGACUGGCUGUUCCUCCAGCCCUGGCACUGGCUGGGCUCCUGGGUGAGCAGCUCCAGGCAGGGCACCUGUGGCCCUGAAACUCGGCUGGGUCCCCAGGCAGUGACUGGGGCAGUGACCACGGCAGGGUUCUUCCUCUGCGAGGGGCUGCUGGGACAACACUUCAGCAUGGUCCCCAAUGGGGUGGCUGAGCCCCAGCCUGGGGACCUCUUCCUCUUCCCGCUGGCCUCCGGAGGCCCUGGCUGGUGGGGCUCCCACGCUGGCAUCUACUGUGGUGAUGGGGAGAUCAUCCACCUGGAAGGCAGCUCAGGGACGUCACCAUCAGGCAUCGUGGCUAAGCACGGCAAGAGCCACCUCCUGCGGACACGGGGCCCGGCCAAGGUGCUCCGGAGGAAGGGAGGGCUGGACGUGGCUGCCUUGCAGCGGCGGAUCCGGGCAGCCAUGGACCAGUCAGUGGAGUACAACAUCAUCACCUGCAACUGCAUCCACUUUGCCCUUGCCCUCCUGGGGCUGGGCCACCUUGCUGGUGCCAUGGUGUCCCCAGCGCUGCAGUGAGGGAGGUGAUGGUGCUCCUGGGGAAAAAGCGGGGCUGGAGCAUUCUCCCCUGGGGACCAGAACUACACCAGUGAUUUGUCAAUCCUCCUGUCAAUCCUGGCAAUAAACAGUUACAUGGAAACCC